AUGGAAUAUUUUGUCACUCCAAUAUUUCAAGCGUAUCGAACAAUGAACCAGCAAAUAUUUGCAAUAAGGAAAAUUCAAACGACAUUAGACUUGAUCGUGUUAACUUUCAUGAAAUGUUCACUUUUAUGUUCCUUUAAUAGUUUGGGUCAUUUUGGGGAUAACAUUUCAUCAAACAUAGCAUCAAUAUUUACAUUAUUAGUGGAUUAUCUAAUUAAACGCUGA